AUGGCACAGCACGGUAAUGACAUGGAAUUGAACCAUCGGGCGAAGAGUGAUGCCCGCUCGGUUGAUGCCGAUGCGCAAGAAUACGGCUCGAAAGGCGCCAAUCAACAAGGUCGUGAAGUUCGAACGCCUCAAACCUUGGACAGAUACAUUUCAUUCUUUCCAACGGUUGCAUUCCCCGCCACUUUACAGUCAUCAUGGGAAGCUCUUGCCGCCAGUUUUCAGGCCGGUUUGUUGAAUGGAGGACCGACCGCCUUGGUCUGGGGAUUACUACUAUGUCUUGUUGGAUCACUGUCCCUGGCCCUGUCUUUGGCCGAAAUGGCAUCGAUCACUCCCGUGGUCGGUGCACAGUAUCGAUGGUCGGCAUUGUAUGCCCCCAGAGGUUUCGGUAGUCCUGCUUUCUGGUCCCUCCUUCAAGGCUGGAUCACUGUUUUUGCUUGGAUGGCUCUUUGCGCACAAGUCUGUUACUUGGAGGGUACUUUGAUCCAAGGUUUGAUCGCAUUAAACAACCCAGAAACAUAUGUUCCAAAAGGCUGGCAUGGUACCCUACUCGCCUGGUCCAUUCUCGCUCUUCCGCUCAUUUGCAACAUUUGGGCUCGAAGAAUAUUGGCUCCCCUUGAAGUGGUCGGAGGUAUUGUCCAUGUGGCUCUGUUCAUCGUGUUCGUUGUAGUUCUUGUGGCUUUGUCACCUCGUUCAUCUGCCGACUUUGUCUUUACCACCACCUUUACCGGCCUCAGUGGCUAUGGUAGUGCAGGUGUGUCGUGGAGCAUUGGACUUCUUUCGGGUGCUUUCCCUCUGGCAGGGUUUGACGGUGUUCUACACAUGGCUGCAGAAGUUAAGAAUGCCCCCAAGGUAGUCCCUACGAGUAUGGUUCUGUCGGUUUUGAUCAACGGCAUCAUGGCAUUCGGGUUCAUCAUCACAGUCCUAUUCUGCAUCGGCGACCCGAUCACAGUUUCCCAAACUCCGACCGGCUACCCCAUCAUCCAAAUCCUCUACAAUUCGACCGGCAGUGCCGCAGCCACCACUGUCCUCAUGACGUUCCUCAUCUUCAUUGGUGUCGUCGCCGUCUUCUCCAGUUUGGCGUCGGUUUCGCGUCUUACUUGGGCCUUUGCCAGAGACAAGGGUCUCCCAUUUUCCAAUUUCUUCGGCCACGUCCACCCGACCUUGCGAAUUCCUCUCAACGCUCUCUUGUUGAUCACCGCCGUCGUUCUCCUUUUACAACUUAUUAACAUCGGCAGCACGACUGCCUUCUUCGCCAUCCUCUCACUCAAUACGCUCGCCUUGUACCUCAGUUACCUCAUCCCUAUCCUUUUUUGGAUGAUCCACAAGCUACGCGGCUUUCCCGUGCCCUAUGGUCCCUUCAAGCUGCCGCGCGGUCUCGGCCUACCCAUCAACCUUUUCGCCUUUUGCUACGGAGUCUACGUUGCCAUUUUUCUGCCCUGGCCAUCCACCGUGCCAGUGACCAAGGCGAACAUGAACUACGGUGGUCCCGUCAUGGGUGCUGUCAUUAUCUUUGCGAUCGCGGACUGGAUCAUCGGGGGAAGAAAACGGUUCCAAGUCCCUGUCGAUAUACGUCCAUUGGAUCAUGACUCGGUCUCAUCCUGAGCCAACAAAAGGAAAAAGAAGGAGAAAAAAGUUGUUCUGUUUUUGUGGCCUGUGAGACCGUCACCUGCUUUGGAGGGUCCAUUGCCU